CGUUAAUCUGGACCUAAAAUUGUAAUAUUCGUGAAAAAUUACAUUACACGAGUGUAAAUUUGGUCAAGUCCGAAUAUAAUACCUAUACAUAUUUAUAAUUAACAACGCUUAAAGGUGCGUUGCGUUUAAAUUUUGGGCGAAUAUUUUGAAGGAUACGCGAUUCGAUUGUUGAUAUUAUCAACAAUUCAUUUAUAAUACCGUACAGGAUAUGAAUUCUGCCAUCGGUUUUUGUUAAUUGAUGACACGUACACAAAUUUAAUACCAUUGCAAAAUGCUUUUCAUCAUUUGUAAUAACUAUCGAAGUUUUUUUUUUCACUCUUAUUUUUUUUCAUUAAAUUCGUGAACCGGAACGAGUAAUAGAAAAGUAUCAAAAGGAUGCGCUGAUUUUGUUCAAUACAAAAAGGGCAUUGUUUUCUUUGUAAUCGUUUUAUAAACCAGUGCCACAACGAAAAUAAAAUUUAUUUUGGUCAAGUCUCAGGUAACAGUUCUUUCAACAUGGACGCUACGAAAUUCGCGAUACUUUCCAUACUCGUCGUUUUCUUCAACUUCAUCGACAACACGUUGUGUUCCGAGGAAGAAGAACGUAUCAAAGCAAUUUACUCGAAAUGUAGAGAAGAAACACAAAUAGACGAAAAUGAGAUGGAAACUUUUAGAAAAAUGGAAUUACCAACUUCUACUAAAGGAAAGUGUAUGAUGGGCUGCCUUAUGAGAGAAGCUUCGAUUAUUGUCAACGGCAGGUUCAAUAAAGAUGGAGCACUUCAAGUGGCAGAACGUUAUUAUUCUGGCAGACAAGAAGAACUGGAAAAGGCUCGAAUGGUUGUAGAUAUAUGCGAGAAAAAAAUCGAAUACGAAACCGAAGAAUGCGAAAUUGCUGGAAACCUUGCCUCGUGCGUGAUUGAAGAAGCGCAAAAGAUUGGAUUAACAUCUGUACCGAGGGGAUGAAAUGUUCUACUGCCACUUUGACAAUGAAUUUAUUAGAAGACCGUUGUAGAAGUUAUUUUUACGAAUUUGAAUUUUUUGUACCAUUUUAGUUCAUUGAAAAGUGUGUAAAACGAUUAUAAAAAUAUAUAUUUUUAUACAAUUUAUUACAAAAAAUAAAUAAAUAAGUACAAAGUAAACCUAUAGUUAUAAUGUAAAAUGUGAUUCGUGCGAAAUAAUACUCGUAAAAUGUACAAUUUAACAAAUUCUUCGACAUAUAAACCCAGCGAUUAAAUAAAUUAUAGGAAUUUGUACAGAAAAUCACGCCAGUUCGCGUUUACCGCAUUUACUCUUCUUACAAGGUACCUUCGAUCACUAUAAAAUAACUCCUUUUGCUUAUAUCAUUAAAGUUUUUCUUUUCUUUUUUAUGAGCUUAUAGUCGUUUGGUAGCCAACGAAACAUUUCAAACAGACCAGAACCCUUAAGUGUUAGUUCUGCAUGGUAUCUUUAUCCGUUAAAAGCACACGCACUUCGGAACUGACCUUUUAUUUUGUCCAUUAUCAAAAUAUGUAGGUAACCACUGCUUACCUACAUGUAUAUAGUAUCGAGUUGAUAAAUAGCAUUUUCACUUUCUGGUACCUACCAUAAAACGUCGUAUGGAUAAUA